UACCUGCCUGUGGAAAUGAAAACCUAAAACUGUUUGCUUAGUGGAGGAGAAGAGAAAUUAUUGGGCAGUUAAGGAAAAAAUCCCUCCUGAACUCUUUAAACAUGUGUGGUGUAAUGAAAUGUAUUUUAUUCCUGGAUUUUAUCAUGGCUGGUUUCUGGGGCAGGUGUGGGAAGAAGUUUUGGUGGGCAGAUGGUGAGUUAUGGCUGUACUGGCUGAAAGCUUUUCCCUUUGAUUUACAGGUGCUCAAGCUCUUCACCAGAUUUAGUUUCCUUUUCUUAAGCUAUUAUUUGAAAAUUUGCUGAGGGUGUGUGAAACAUCACCCAUCUCCACUCCCUCAGAAAGGGGGUUUUAUUGCAGAGUAUCCUGGAUCAAACCCUAUUCCUUGAGGCUGUCUGAAAUUCCAGAUCCUCAAAGGCAUUCCUGGCCACUCCUUAAAGAAGUUGGGAUGGUCACUGUGGGGUUAAUCCCAACAGAAACAGAGAAAACCAAAUUAAGGAAGUUACAACCAUUUUUAACUUGCUUUCAUCACUGUCUCUUCUGUGACUGUAAAAAUCACCGAAUUAUUGUGUAAAAAAAUUAAUGAGUGGCCUGUGAACUGGGCAAACUGCCUUUCUUUGCAGUGGAAGUCUUUAACAGAUAUUGAAAUCACAGGCUAAAAUUAAUUAAGUAGUAAUGCUAUCAGCAGACUGGUUUACAAGGCAAUUAGAUAAUUCUCUGGUGGCUUAUUUAUCCCAAGGAGAGAAAAGUGAUGUCAUCAGUUUUAUUAGCUGUUAGUCAGUCUGGUUUAUUGGGGAAUAAUAGAAUAUAUCGUGGGCAUUAAAACCAGCUGAAAGAACACAUCCCUGACAUAAUGAAUAACAGAACCUCUGGUGAUACUUUUGGAUCCUGAACACUUGCUCUCAAUCUCUGCUGGGUUGUGGUUUUGCUAACAGAACUUUGAAAAUGUUAAGUUUGAAAACUGUUUUCUGCUUUCCUGAAACACAUGAAGGGCAAAUGGUUGGGGCUUGUCUGCAGGUUUUGGUUUCUAAUACACUGUGCCUGACCUUAAAUAUUUUAGUUCCAGAAGGCAGAAGCUGAUCUGGACUGGAUUCAACACAGACUGGAGUAUGAAAUAAUGAAAACUUUUCCUGAUGAUACACCACCAGAGGACAAUCCCCUUGCUAUCCUGGAAGGACUCUCAGCAGCCAAAGCUCGUUACAAAGCGCUGUGCACCCGGAUGGACAGGAUUGCCAGGGAGCAGAAAGAGGCCAUGAAGGGCAUCCAAGCUUCUGUGGAGAACACAACCAAGAUAGUUCAGGAAUUACAGCAAAAAGCUGGGCUUGAGAGCUUGCCCCUGUCAGCAGAAGAACAGGCUGCAGCACAGCAGUUGGGCAUCCAAACUGGGACAGAAAUGGAAUCAUCAGUGGGAAAGCUAGGUUGUGCAGGAUCCACAGUCCCUGGCUCAGCUAAAGGGCAGCACUGAGUAUUUCACAGGUGGAUGAGAUGAGUACGAAACCCUCUCACUCAAGAAUUCAGGUCCUGGAAGAACUUGGUAUUGUGAAAAGCAACAAAAAAGGGGAUGUUGAAUUAGUUGUGUAAGUGAAAGCUCGGCCCGUUCUCGUCUGAGACACAAAAGCACCUUGGUCCCAGCUCCUGGAUUAUGAAGGAACAAGUAUUUCCCUGGGAUCUAAGAGCUGCUGAAAGUCCACUGUUUGGAGAGUUGUAAUGUUUCUGUGCACAAAUUCUGUUUCUAGUACUUAAAACUGGAGAGUUAAAAACCACUGAGGUUGGCAUUUUGCCUUGGAUAUUUAUAGGCCUAUGGCUGAUGCAUUUUUGAAGAGUUGUUACGAGCCAUGUGACAUUUUCUUGCUCUCGUUCUUCAGCGGGUUUUUAAACAAGUAAGCCAAGCCUCUUAAGUGUACUUACAUUCCUGAAUAAAUGAUGAAAGCUAAGGA